AUGUCCGACGUCAUUCUGAACUUCAUAGCCGGUGGUGUUGGCGGCUCAUGUACGGUGAUCGUAGGUCAUCCGUUCGACACAGUGAAGGUCCGGCUGCAAACGAUGCCUCGACCAAAGCCAGGAGAGCCACCGCUGUUCAGAGGAGCGUUGGACUGCGUGAAGCAAACAGUCGCCAAAGAGGGUUUCUUCGCGCUUUAUAAGGGAAUGGCCGCUCCACUGGCCGGAGUAAGUCCCCUGUUUGCGGUGUUCUUUGCCGGUUGUGCCGUUGGUAGACAUCUGCAGACGUCGGAUCCAAGUGAUUCUACUUAA